AUGGGUAGUUUGGAUCCCCAAGUGCACAUUUUCUUCUUCCCUUUCAUGGCUCAUGGCCACAUGAUACCAACUGUGGACAUGGCCAAGCUUUUUGCUUCUCGAGGCUUAAAGACAACCAUCAUCACCACUCCUCUCAACGCACCUUUCUUCUCCAAAACAAUCCAAAAAACCAAAGAUUUGGGUUUUGAUAUUAAUAUCCAAACCAUCAAAUUCCCAGCGGCAGAGGCUGGAUUGCCUGACGGAUGUGAAAAUACAGAUGCAUUCAUUGCAAAUGACAAUGCUGGGGAAAUGACCAAAAAGUUUUUCGUGGCCACAACCUUACUUCAAGAACCAUUUGAGAAGCUACUACAAGAAUAUCAUCCUGAUUGCAUUGUUGCUGAUAUGUUCUUUCCUUGGGCUACUGACGCUGCUGCCAAAUUUGGAAUUCCGAGGCUAGUGUUUCACGGCACUAGUAACUUUGCUUUAACUGCAGGAGAAUGUGUGAGACUUUAUGAGCCACAUAAGAAAGUUUCAUCAGAUUCUGAACCUUUUGUUGUUCCUAAUCUUCCUGGAGAUAUAAAGUUGACAAAGAAGCAACUGCCAGAUUUUGUAACGGAAAAUGUUGAAAAUGACUUUACCAAGUUAGUGAAAGCAUCCAAAGAAGCAGAAAUGAGGAGCUUUGGUGUUAUUGUCAACAGCUUUUAUGAGCUUGAGCCAGCUUAUGCCGAUUAUUACAAGAAUGUUUUGGGCAGAAGGGCUUGGAAUGUAGGCCCGGUUUCUUUAUGCAAUAGAGACGUCGAAGAUAAAGUAGGAAGAGGAAAAGAAGCCUCAAUUGAUCAACAUGAGUGUUUGAAGUGGCUUGACUCAAAGAAAUCCAAUUCGGUUGUUUAUAUUUGCUUUGGAAGUAUAGCAAACUUCACUGCCUCUCAGCUGAAGGAGAUUGCAACAGGCCUUGAAGCUUCUGGGCAGCAAUUUGUCUGGGUUGUUAGAAGAAACAGAAAGAGUGAAGAAGAUAAGGAAGAUUGGUUACCUGAAGGAUUUGAGGAACGAAUGGAAGGCAAGGGACUGAUAAUAAGAGGGUGGGCGCCCCAAGUGUUGAUUCUUGAUCAUGAAGCAAUAGGAGCAUUUGUGACUCAUUGUGGAUGGAACUCAACUCUUGAAGGCGUAACUGCGGGGAAGCCAAUGGUUACAUGGCCAGUAUUUGCUGAGCAGUUCUAUAAUGAAAAGCUGGUGACUGAUGUUCUAAAAACUGGAGUUGGCGUUGGAGUUAAGGCAUGGGUUAGACUCCAUGGAGAUCAUGUUACAAGUGAAGCUGUAGAGAAGGCAAUCACUCAAAUUAUGGUGGGUGAAGAAGCAGAGGAAAUGAGGAGCAGAGCAAAGAAGCUAGGAGAAAUGGCAAGGAAGGCUGUUGAAGAAGGUGGAUCUUCUUACUCUGAUUUCAAUGCUUUGAUUGAAGAGCUGAGGUUGCAUCGCCCUUGA